AUGAAUUAUGGUCAAUCAAUGUAUGUCGAUCUAGAAUUGGUGUAUUAUAGCGAUGAUCGCAAUCCGAGACAAUUUAUGCUAAACUGUAACUACGAUUACGACGCGGACGACACUAUUGUAAACGUGUACAUAACCAUCGAUGACAAAACAUUGUACACCCGGGUUCCUGAAUACGACAAUACGCUGAUGAUUGAUGUAAGCGAUACGUACCAUGAUUUUAACAGAAACCAAGCUUAAAUUCACAUUGGCAAUGUUCACCGGCAUGCAUUUGGUACUUACAAGUGCUCUGUCGACUAUUGGUCCUCAAUCGACAAUAAACAAUACACUGUCCACUAGCGUUGCCAGAU